AUAUAGUCAGAUUAUCAUUUUUCGAAAAUACCCUUCAAAUGCGCUUUGCGAAAAGAUCAGGUCAUUAGGGUAAGAAGGCAGUGCCGGAUGGGCCAUCGGGUUUGUUAAAAUAUCUCUACUGUAAUCCGUAGCAGGUGAAAAGCUUCGAAUGGCGAUGCCGUCAACUGAAAAUUCCGACCAACCAGUCCCGCUACCCAACGAUGCCGACCACCUUCAAGAUAAUACGGCCUCUAAUUCCUUAAAUCACGGAGGUGCAGAACCCAAGCCAGGGAUUGCCGAAGAAGAAAUAAGAGGCAUUCUUGAAGUAAUUGCAUCCACUGGAAAAUUUUGGCAUGAUUGGGAAAAAUUGAAGAGCAUGAUAUCCUUUUAUCUGAAGCAGGUUCUGUCAGAGUAUCCUGAGGCGAAAAUGACUAGUGAGGGGCAGAAUGCCUCAUUAGGAGAAACUUAUCCAGAACUAGUGAAAAGGUUGGAUGAAGCUCUUCAUAGUUUUGAUGAAGGACCUCCAUUUACCCUGCAGAGACUUUGUGAGAUCCUAUUGGCUGCUAGAAGUAUCUAUCCCAACCUCUCAAAAGCUGCCCUGGCACUAGAAAAGAAUCUUUUGGUGACAUCUACAUUAACUGUUUGCACCGAUCCUUAUCCGCAAGCAAUGCAAAAGCCAGAUGAAGUAGAUAAGGCAUGUGAUGAAUCACAGCUACAACCCAGUUCAACACAAAAUGGAGUUCAACCUAUGGUCGGAGACGGGGAUGAAAUAAUGGCUGAGGUACAGGAGGCGGACAUUGAUGAUGAUAUGACCAUUGACAUGGAAGCCUUUGAAGAAAUAGUUGGAUCAUCAGAGCCAAAUCCUACGCCAACUGAAAAUUCAUAAAUUUGGGUUAUUGUUUUUGGCUUCAACUUCUUUUAAUAGUUCAUGGAUCCAUUAGCUGCUUUGCUGUGACCUGUGAGAGUGAGAGACUAUAAGUUGGACGAUGUGGUUGGCCUCAUUAUGUUCCUAUCCUUAGGUUAGCAGCAGUGAGCCACAAGCUUAGAUCUAUGUGACAUGGAAUUAGAACAUUCCGGUUAAUGUAUCUCACUUGAAUGAUGUAUUUAUACUUUUCUCCUUGUAAUUGACACAUGGCUCGUGUGGAAACAUUUUUUGUUGCCAUUGCUAUGACCUGAACUAUAUGGAGCUGGAGAUUAUUUUUAUUUA